GGACACAGCGGGCGGCCACGUACCCGAACGUGUUGGGCUCCUCCACGAUCUUCAUCUUCCCCGCCGAGGCGAAGAGACCUGCGAGCAGAGAGCCGUUGGCCACGGCGCACGGAACGACCCGCGGCGCCCGCUCCCGCCGCGGCCCCCGCCUCACCCAGCGCCGCUCCCAGCGCCGCCAGCAGCAGCCGGGCCGCCAUCGUCCCUUCCGCGGGAAGCGGAAGCGUGCGGGCCUAGGGCGGCCGCUCCGCUCAGCGCGGCCAUGGUGCGGGGUCGGCGUGGGGGCCGGUGCGGGUCUCGAAGCCUCGACACUUUCGCGGCGGACGCGGAGGCUGCGCUGAAAGCUUGCCUGGAGGGCGAGGGGGCCGCGGCUGGAGGUGGACCAGAGGCGAAGUUCCCCUGCCCCCUUGCCAUGUGGGAGCUCGGACACUGCGAUCCCAAGAAGUGCACCGGGAGAAAACUGGCCCGGAAAGGGUUACUCCGAACCAUGCGUCUCCGCCAGAGGUUCCCAGGCGUCGUCCUCAGUCCGCUGGCCACGGAGUACGUCUCUCCCGCUGACAGGCAUGUCAUUGUUCAGAGUGGAAUUGCAGUCAUAGAUUGCUCAUGGGCCAAAUUAGAAGAAACUCCCUUUAAGAGAAUGAGGGGGAAUCAUCCUCGGUUGCUGCCUUACUUGGUGGCUGCAAAUCCUGUAAACUAUGGUCGGCCGUGCAAGUUGUCCUGUGUGGAAGCUUUCGCUGCAGCAUUUUGCAUUGUUGGCUUCCCAGACCUAGCCACCAUUCUUCUGAGGAAAUUUAAAUGGGGUAAGGCAUUUAUUGACUUGAACAAAAAUCUCUUGGAAAAAUAUGCAGCCUGUCGUAGCCAGGACGAUGUGCUAAGCAUUGAGAAGGACUUUUUAACCAGUGUCCAAGAAACAAAAGAUGAAGAAGCAGAUCCAUUUGAUGUUGACUCAGGAAAAGAGUAUUCUAAUCCCAACAGGCCAGUCAAUUCCCCAGGUCUAGCACAAAGCAAGAAAGACUCUGAGGAGGACAGCACGAGCACUCCAGAGGAUGCCACUGAAAGCAGUGAAAGCAGUGAUGAGAGCAGUCCAGAAGAUCAUGGUACUGUAAAGUUACUGCAACAGCUGCCAAUAAAUCAACUGUUUGAAAACUGACAAACAAAAUCAAACCUAAUCCUCCUCAAGAAACAAAAACUUCCACAUACAAGAACAUCCCCAGUAAUCCCGAAGAGUUGUAACAUCUUGUAUAAAGAAAUUUCAUUAUGAACUUGUGUCUUGUUCACCUGUAACUUGGUGCUUAGCUAACCUCUGUGUGCGUUUAUAUAUAGGUCUUUCAUGAGAGCUCCAGUUAUUUAAUUUUUAGGUAACUAUGGAAUGUUAAUUAUUUUGUAAGGAGCCUGAAGCUUACUUAGUAGUUUAAAAAAAAAAUUCCUUUAUUCUAA